CUACCAAAUAACGUUUGUACAAUAGCGCGUUCCACAGGCAUUUGCCCUACCGUCUAGAGCGCAAGUAUACGGACUGCUCGUUGUUGGUAACCGUAACUUCCUUAAAGUUUCCCCUUUCCCCUUAUUGUUUGGACUCUAUAUACCGGAACAUUGUAAAGGCUUAUGGGCUUAGGCAUGAGAAGAUUGGAGCUAACCUACAGCUAAAUCUCACAUGCACUUUCCUGGGAGGAGGGCCUCUGUCUGAAUGGGCCAAGCCAAGUCAAAGCGCACGUAUGCUUUCCAGCCUCUGCCAUGGCCGGAAGCUCUCGCAGCUUUCCGCUUAAUCGACCAGAUAUGUGGAAUUGCCACCACAUAUGCGUCGACCCAACUCCAGAAGCAUGCAGGCAGGGUUAUGGAUAAGGUCAACGAGAUACAGCGUCUGCCGUACCAGUGGGAUGCCUUCGACGGCGACUUCGAGCGCCUGCGCGGCAGCCACAUGGUGCGCCUGUCCACGGAGCUGCACACGGCACUGGACAAGCUGGAGGGCUGCAAGUACGACAUGGGCAUGCUGGCGGAGAAGGACCUCACCUUCAAGUCCCACCGCCGCGCUGCUGACAAGGUGCUGGCGCUGCUUGCGGAGGUGGAGGAGGUGCACCGCGGCUUCCACUACGCAUUCGAACUGGUGCUGUACGCAAGCGUGCGGGAGGACCCCACGUCAGCAGCGGAGCGCCCCGCUGCCUCCUCAGCCCCCGAGCUGCCGCCUGACCUGACCACCUCAGACGGAGGCGGGGCAGGCGGCGGAGGUGGAGGUGGAGGCGGCGGAACCGCCAACGCCAGCGGCGGCGGCACCGCUCCACCACCGCCGCCACAGCCACCUGCGUCCUCCCCAGGAGGUCUGGUUGAAGCCUGGUUAGGAAGCGUCCCCUCGCCCUCGCCCGCGCCCUCUCCCCUGCCUGACCCAGCUGCGGCCGCAGCCGCAGCAGCGGCCCCCGCGUCUGUCCCCGCCGCUGCACCUGCACCAGAAGCGGCAGCAGCAGCGGCCCCAGCCUCGUCCCCCUCGCUUCGUGACGCCGCCACAGCGACGGAGGCGCCGCCCGCAGCACCCACGGCAUCACCAUCGCCGCCGCCGCAGCCUGCUGCAGCAGCCUCCGGUACACCACCGUCACGGCGCCGCGACCGAUCCGAGCGACGCACCCAGCAGCAGCAGCAGCGAUACCUUGUCGACGAUUACUACCAGCCACCUCCGGAGCAGCACCAGCAGCACCAGCAGCAGCACCCGCAGCAGCAUGAGGAGCAGUACGUCAUGGUAUACAUGCCCGCAGGUCCCGACGGUGCCGGCAGCGCGCAAGCCAUCCUGGUGCCCUCCCACGCACUGCAGCCUGCUCCCGCUAGCCCGGCAGCCACCUCCGCCGCCUUACAUGACGCCUACAUGACACCGCCGCAGCAGCAGCGUCGCUUGCAGCCGCAGCUGCAGCAGCUACAGUAUUCCUCGUCGCCGCAGCAGCCGCAGCAGCAGCAAUACCCCGCGUAUCCCUCAUCUCGUGCCACCAAGACUCCGCCUCCGCCACCACCGCCGCCGGCCCCUCAGAUGGCACAUCAGUCUCCGCAGUACAAGAUCCAGCCUUCCGCUGCGACCCCGGCCGCCACGACAGCAGCCUACCGCAGUGCGCCUUCAUCAACACGAUCCAAGCCGUACAACAUCCCGUACGGCAACUCUCCAUCCCGUACCAACACCAAACGCUCCUCCUCACCCACACACUACCGCUACUUGACCUCCUCCCCGCCCGCAUCCCCACCCACAUCAUCCUACACGGCCUCCCCUUACACUACUGCUCCCGCUACCGCCGCCACCGCCGCCGACGCUGCAAGCUACGAGUACGGCACCGCAGGUAACGUGUACUACAGCCCAUCCCAGCCGCCGUACGCUGCAUGGGAGGCCUCGCCGCCACCUCCGCCGCCGCCGCCGCCGCCGGUACCAGCCGGUGCCGUACCGGUUGUCGUACAGGGCGCUACCCCCGGCAGCCUCAUGAUGCUACAGCCUGUAGCAGCACACACCACUCCCUCCGGAGCGUUAGUGCUACAGCCGCAAUCGGAUCCCUCUCAGCCGCCGCUCCUUGUGGUGGCUCAGGCCCCGGUGGAGGGGGCGGAUGAGGAGGCUGGGGAGGAGGAGGCGGUUGGCGGUGGUGGCGGUGGCGGUGGUGGUUCGCCUGUAGGACUGCGGUUUACAAAGAGCGGCGGCGGCGGAGGAACCCACAAGACGUUUACGUACGGACGGAAGACGGGAAGGAAGGAGGGCGCGUCGUACGGCCGUGAUGUGCCUGAGUACGUUUCGCCGUACCAUGGCGGGAAGAGCGGCGGCGGUGGCGGUGCCGCUGAGGGGAAAGCGUACGGCAAGGAGUACGCAUGGGACGACAUGCCGUACACGUUUGACUUGUACGGCGAGGCUACCGGUAGCAGUAACCGCAGCAAGGGUCAGGCGCGCAGCGGAGGCGGGGCUCAGCGGCUGAUGAGCCGUUUCCGAGACAUGCGUCACGAGGAUGAAAUUGCCACCGGCACCGCUACAGACGAUGGCGCCGCCGUCGACCCUACCUCACCGUACCACUUGGUACGUCAGCCUGCUCGACGCCAACGGAGCUCCCCCGGCAGACCAUCUCCGGUCCUCUUCUCUGACGACCCUCUGUCGUACGAACGUCUAGCGGCCCUAGCCGGCCUGGAUCCAGAACACAUGGGUGGUACGGCAACCGGCGGUCGCGGCGGCGCCAGGAGCGCUUUCUCGCCUCCGCCGCCGCCGCCGCCAGGGUCAUCGCCGUACACUGCCGGCGGCGGUGGUGGCGGCGGCGAGGCGGCUCUUCAACGUGCGGAGCUGCUGGCGGAUGCGGCGGGUGCGGGCGACUGGCGGGCCGCGGUGGAGCUGGCGGGACUGGUGCGGCGGGGCUGGUGGGGCGACCCACGGGACGUUGCGGUGGCCAGGGGGCUGCUGCUGCAGGCGGCGUUGAAAGGCGGUUCCUCCGAAGCUCACGCCAUGUUGGGUGAGAUGUCGGAGCGCGGCGAGGGCCUCCCGGGCGGCCGCCCCGACCUGGCGGCUGCGGUACGGCACUACAGCGCUGCAGCGGCUGCGGGGCACCGGGACGCAACCACCUCGUACGCGUACUUGCUGGAACACGGACUAGGAGUGGAGCAGGACGAGGGCCGCGCGGCACAGCUGUACGCAACCGCCGCGCAACGCAACUGCCCAACCGCCGCCAACAACCUCGCAAAGAUGAUCCUGGAUGGCAGAGGCGGCAUCGUGGCUUCGCCCUCUGGCGGCACUGGUGGUCGGAAGCACGGGGCCUGGGCUUCCCCAGCCGCUGCUGCCGCCGCUGCGGCAGCGGCGGAUUUGUCCUCACCAGUUGCAACGCCGACGGCGCUUGCAAUGGCGCUGUUUAAACGCGCGGCUCAGUCCGGAUCCGCAUCUGCCUGGUUCAAUCUGGGCAUCUGUCACCUGCAGCAGCAACAGCAACAGCAGGAGGGUAGGGAGGCUGCUGACGGCGGUGACGUCGACGGCGGCGGCGGCGCGCAAGGAUCCAACGACGGCGGCGGACGUACUCAUGCGGAAGAGGAUGAGGCGUUGGCCUGCUUUGCGGAGGCGGCCAAGCGCGGUCACGCACGCGCGGCGUUGCGAGCCGGGCACUUGUUGUUGCGGCGCGGAGCUGCUGUGGCGGCCGUGGAAGCCUUCACGACGGCGGCGGUCAACGCUGCAGCGGCGAGGGCAGCGGCGGCGGCGGCGCCUGCUGGUGGCGGGUCCGCUGCCGUCGUCGCCGCCGCUGCCGCGGCGGCGGCGUCAGCGCCGGCGGUGGAGGCGGAGGCGUUGUGGUGUCUGGCACAGCUAGCGGAGCGGCAGGCAACGGUGCUGGAGGCUCGAGCGGAGGCAGCAGCGGUGGCGGCGGCGACGGCGAGGAGCGCCGGCGCCGCUGCGGACGGCGGCAGCGACGAGCAUGCGGGUGGAGACUCUACCGGCGGCGGCGGCGGCGGCGGCAGCAACGGUAGUGACGAUGGCGGGAAUGCUGGCGGAAGUGGUGAUGGUGGUGAUACGCGCAGCGGCGCGGGUGGCGGUGAUGACGCGGAUGGUCGCAUGGUGAACCAGCUACUUGCUUCCUUGGCUGGUCCCGGCGCCGGCAGCAGCAAGCCUGCUAGCCCCAAAGCAGCAGCAGACAACAGCGGACCCACACGCCCGAGUGCUGCAGCUCCCGAGGACCACUCCUCGCCAUUCGCUAGGGAGCUAUGUCGCCUGAACUUCGAGUGCUGUCGCCGACCCGCGGGUCAUCACCCGCAGCGCAUCCGGGGCUUGAAACGACUACGCCGCCAAGCCCGAGAGCUGCUGACGGACACCACCACCGCUGCCGCCGCCGCUCUAGGCGCCGUUACUGGGGACUCGAGCGUUAGCGGCAGCCGUGGUUCGUCAAUCGCUGGCGUCGGCGUCGGCGGCGGCGGUGGGCCUUUGGAAGCAGCACUCGCAAAUCUGGACCUGCAGCUCCAACAACCCAGUGAACGAGCGCCUCGCUCGCGUCGCGCCGCCGCCGAGCUGGCGGCGGCGGCGGCGGCACUCGGCCACUCGGACGCGCAGCACUGGCUGGCGGGCUGGCAGUGGUCCGUGGGUCGGCAGGAGGCGGCGGUGGCGCUGUGGGAGGCGGCGGGGCGGCAGGGUAACUGCGCGGCUUUGAUGGUGCUGGGACAGAUGGCGGAGGCUGGACAGCUGCCGGCAGCAGCAGCAGCCGGCGGUGGGGGAGCUGCUGCAGGCGGCGGCGGGAAAGGAGGCGCGCGGGGGGUGGAUUUGGCGCUGGCGGCACGAUACUACCUUCGAGCCCAGGACGCGGGUGCCCCAGGCGCCGUAGAGGCCAUGCGGCGCAUCCAGCGACUGCUGCAACGGCACCUCUCGCUGCAGAAGCGGCUGGAGGCGGCUGCCGUGAUGUCGGCGGGAGCAGCAGGAGGAGGUGGAGGUGGAGGUGGAGGUGGUACGGCAGGAGGGAGGUACGGCAGGCGCAACUAGCUUGAUGAUGGGAGAUCAUCUCAUGUGGCAUGUGUCAACCGGUGCUGGUGCUGAUGCUGCCGUACAUUACGUUUAGGGGCGGCACUGACCCGCGUGACCCCGUAUGUAAUGACUGAUGGCGGCGAUGACGGCGGAAGCUAGCAAAGCAGCGCAGGAACGGCGCCUGACGUAUCUCUGGGGUUUAUUGUCUGUGUGCAGAAGGGUUUAUGAACCCCGUGAAUGGCAGCUGUGGGGCCACAAGUGAAAUACAAAUGCGAUAUCAGCGAGUAGUUUCUUGUUCAUGUACCGUAUAUAUGUGUAUUCGUGCGUACCUAGUGACUUUUGUCUGAACUGCUGUGCAGCUGCUGUACAUAUCUUGACACAUGUACAUGAAGACAAAGCAAUACACGGUGUUUCGACGAGAGGUGGUGCCGUACACCACCGUACAUAUGUUCACAGCCCAGCGCAGCUGUCGCUAGGGGCGUAUUCUCUUCCUGUUUACCGGUAUAGCUACUUCUCUCCCUUCAUUACCUGUGACUUCUUUGGCUUUCCAUACAACGCAUACAUAAAAAUAAUACAAUAACCGCU